AUGGGUUCUCAAGCUUGGAACCUCCCCGCACCAGUCGACGACCCCGACUCCAUGCUGUCCCGCAAGUUCGGACGGGAGACCGUCAACUACUUCGCCGGCAGCGUCCUUAACCGUGUGGGCUGGCUGCGUACUGACCACACCUUCCUCAGGGCCGCCUUCCAGUUCAAGGAGGCAAAGUUCAUGCUCCUCAAGGACCUCAGCCCCCUCACCAACGCGCCCACAAAAGUCCAGUUUGUGUCUUUUGACGAUGUCAAGCCCCUGACCACCGAGGACCCGUUCGGCCCCUCCGAGGAGGACCUCAUCAAGAACUUUGACUCGACAGUCACUAAACCGCUCAUCGUCUUCCUAGGCCUCGAGGAGAGCGCAGAUGUGUCCUUUGGGUACAAAGAGCUCAAGGGCCGGCCCUGGUUUGCUGUGGAUGUGACGCCCAGGGGCUCGUAUGCCGAUGCCGCCAACCAGCUUAUCGAGGCGCAGGCCAGCAAAGGCUACAAGUUCCUCGAAGGCAUGAGGCCCAUGACACUCGAGCCGGACGCGGCUGGAAUUUAUGCCCAGGCCCGCUCCAUUACAGACUGGAACACCCGCCACAAGUUCUGUGCUGGCUGUGGACAGCCGUCCCUGUCCGGUAAUGCUGGCUACAAGCGGCUGUGCCCUCCCACCGACCUUGCCGGCUCGGACACUCCCCGCGAACGGGCCGAAUGCGCCACUCGGAAGGGCGUUUCCAACAUCAGCUUCCCGAGGACCGAUCCCACCAUGAUCGCCGCAGUCAUCUCCUCUGACGGCCAGAAGGUGCUCCUGGGCCGCAACAAGAGGUAUCCUCCUAACUGGUACAGCACCCUCGCAGGCUUCAUCGAGCCCGGUGAGUCCAUCGAAGAGUCUGUGCGCCGUGAAGUCUUUGAGGAGAGCGGCGUGAGGGUCGGGCGUGUGGUCAUCCACUCGAGCCAGCCGUGGCCCUACCCUGCGAGCUUGAUGAUCGGUGCUAUUGCCCAGGCUCUACCCGACGGCGAGACGAUCGAUCUUGGCAACGACCCCGAGCUGGAGGAUGCGCAGUGGUACCCUCUCGAGGUCCUCCGGGAUGCGCUCAAGUAUGGCGUCAGUGGCCUUGGUGAGCCUGCCCCGGAGGGGUACAAGGAGGGUGGCCUCCGUCUGCCCCCUCCUACGGCCAUCGCUAACCGGCUUCUGACUGCCGUGGCUGAUGGUUACGCGACCGUGAUCCCCAAGAUGUAA